UACUCGCUGGUGAGUAGCUCCAAAAAAAAUAGAGCUGACAUAUCAAAAUAGUGGAUUGUAAUUGGAUUGAAUGCGUGUCUAAACUCGAAUAGACCAAAGGAGAAAGUGCAAAGCAAGAAAUUGACGAGAGAAUGUUGAAACUUGAAAAUCAUGAAUGCAUAGUGUAAUCGAGCGAUUCUCGUUAUCGUUUAUCAAAUCAAUUUUCUUCUGAUUCAAUGGAGCGUGUGAAGAACUCUCCGAUUCAGAUCCGUUCAUCCAUCUUACCAUUACUAGCUUGCAUUUCUUCCUUUUACCUCACCGCAUCCUUCGCCGAAACCGUCACCAGAGACGAAGCUAAACAACUCCGAAACGAAGUCGGUGAAAUGUUCUAUCACGCUUUUAACGGUUACAUGGACAACGCUUUUCCACUCGAUGAAUUGAAGCCUCUAUCUUGUUCAGGAGAGGAUACGCUUGGUGGUUAUGCAUUGACCUUGAUUGAUUCGUUGGAUACUUUGGCUUUACUUGGUGACCGUGAGCGAUUUACUGCUUCUGUUGAAUGGAUUGGUAAAAAUCUUCGCUUUGAUAUGAUAAAUAAGACGGUUUCUGUUUUUGAGACUACUAUUAGGGUUCUUGGAGGAUUGAUUUCAGCUCAUCUAAUCGCUUCUGAUUAUGCUACGGGUAUGAGAGUUCCAUCCUAUGAUAAUCAGUUACUGAACUUGGCUGAAGAUCUUGCCAGGAGGUUGUUACCUGCAUUUGAUACUCCUACUGGAAUUCCAUUUGGGUCUGUAAAUUUAUUACAUGGAGUGGAUAAACAUGAAAGCAAGAUAACUUCAACAGCUGGUGGUGGAACCUUAACUCUUGAAUUUGGCGUUCUAAGCCGUUUGACAAAUGAUCCUAUUUUUGAACAAGUCACGAAGAAUGCAGUGCUUGCAAUUUGGGCACAACGUUCAAAGCUUAAUUUGGUUGGGGCUCAUAUUAAUGUUUUUACAGGUGAAUGGACUCAAAAGGAUGCUGGGAUAGGAACUAGUAUUGACUCUUUUUAUGAGUAUUUAUUGAAGGCUUAUCUAUUAUUUGGAGAUGAAGAGUACUUGUAUAUAUUCCAAGAAGCUUAUGCUGCUGCCAUGCAUUAUCUUUACCAUGAUCCUUGGUAUGUAGAAGUUAAUAUGGAUUCCGCUGCUAUUGUCUGGCCAUUAUUUAACAGUCUGCAGGCAUUUUGGCCUGGCCUUCAGGUUUUAGCUGGAGAUAUAAAUCCGGCAACUCGUACUCAUGCUGCCUUCUUGAGUGUCUGGAGAAGAUAUGGUUUUACCCCCGAGGGCUUUAAUCUUGCUAGUCUAAGUGUUCAGCAUGGGCAAAAAAGUUACCCGCUGCGGCCUGAGUUAAUAGAGAGCACAUAUUGGCUAUACAAAGCUACCAGGGAUCCUAGAUAUCUUGAUGCUGGGAGGGACAUGCUUGCCAGUUUACAGUAUGGGACUCGAUGCCCUUGUGGAUACUGUCACAUUUCAGAUGUUGAACAUCACAAACAAGAAGAUCAUAUGGAGAGCUUCUUUUUAGCUGAGACAGUGAAGUAUCUGUGGCUCCUUUUUGAUUUGGCCGUGGGUCCUGAUAACCUUGUGGAAAAUGGGCCAUACAAGUAUGUAUUCAGCACUGAAGGUCAUUUAUUGCCUGCUACUCCUCAAAUCUCUCUUGUGAGGGAACAUUGUUUAUACUAUGGAGCUUAUUGUAGAAGUGGUGAUUUGAGACAAACUUAUUUUGUGUCCGAGGCCGAGAGAGAUAAGCACGAAUCAAAUGAUAGUAGAUUUUAUGGGAGCUGGACUAAAUCUACAUACUCCUCAGACUACACUACUUCUGAAGCAAGUGCUUCUUCUGGUUUGAUCAAGGGUUUCUGCCCAGGACUAAAUCAUGGACAGAAGUUUGGUUUAUUGUACAUGCAUUCAAACGAUGAACAUAGUGAUCAUGAAACCAUCCAACAGGAAGAAUCUACAACUGUUCAAACCCAUUCAGUGAUGCUUAUUCCUGCACAGAGUUCUGACAGUUCGGUACCUGAUUCUGGCAAUGAUCAGAAUGAUACUCAGACUAGUGAAUCAGAAGUUACUUCUUGAAGAGAGAGAACUGACACUAAUAGUGACCAACAUGCUGUCCCAAAUUGGGAUGAAUAGAUCUAAGUUAAGCUACAGGAGGAUUGACAGAAAGGAUAUAUAGUGUUGUACUACUCACACGUAGCCAAGCCCACCUCCUGAAGUAUAAAUCAGAUCUUUAUUAGUAUGUUCAUAAUUGAGAAAGGAUAAUAAGUUUGAUAAUUUAGCAGUUGUUGAUGCAGUGAUCAUGGAGCCGAAAUAGUUGAAUGAUGGAUGAACUGACCUGUUAGAUGUACUUCUUAGGUUGUGUUACCAAAUGGUCUGUGAUGGUAUUCUGCCUGUCUCUUGAUCAUCAUUGGACUUGUGUACAAGAGUGUAAUGUAAUUCAUUUUGUUGUAUCAUUGUUUCUGGUUGGUUCCUUGUAAACUAUUUUUCUAGAGAUGGUGUACGUCUGAUCUGAGCAUUGUCAACAACAUCAAAUUAGGCCACAAUUUCAAUUUCUAAUAGAGUAGCAAAUCUUAAUCAUCCA